AUGGCGCAAGACAAACUGCUAUGGUCGUUUGUCUCUGGUCUCCUGGUCUGGAGAUUGAAAGUCGUUUCCGGUUUCCCUCACGAUGCUUACCAGCCAUACAUGUCGAGAGCAUCAGUGCCAGCGUACAUUAUCGACGAGAUCCCCUUAGUCGAGAGCCAUGGACUUCACAUCUCCCAGGAUCAAGAGUCUUGCAAACUCGCAUCCACCUCCCGGCAUCUCAACGAAGGGUUCGGCUCUGACCCAACGUCCUUCUACGUACCGAGUUCAGGAGUUCUGCAAGCACGUAUGAUUUUUAUAGAUUUCGAAGAUGCUCCUGCCAGUGAGAACCCGGUGGACCUGUUCGAUCUGUUCAUGCCGGCGGCGAGCGAAUGGUACGGGAAUGCAUCUUUCGGGAGAUUGAACCUGCGUGUGGCGGCCGACCUAUCAGGGUUCUAUCGCAUGCCUUGCAAUGCGUCCACAUACGUUUAUCAUCGCGGGAUGAGCUACGAGGCCCAUCACAAGUAUAUACAAGACGCUCUGGACGCCGUCGGCAAAAGUGUCAUGUUUGCUGGAACGGAUCUACUGUACAUCGUGCCUACCGAAGAAGCAGCUGCGAUGUCCUAUUCGCCAACCUUCAUGCCACCAAUUGAAGCACACGAUGGUACUCUAAUCAAGAAGACUGUCACGUUCGGACAAGAUGCUCAUUUUAUAGGCUUCAAGGAGAUGAAUCACGAGACUGGACACACAAUGGGCUUGCCUGACUUGUACUCGUACGAACCAUACACUCGGGCGGGAAUCUUCGUGGGAGGCUAUGAUUUGAUGGCACAGAUCGAGGGAAUUUCGCCAGAUUUCCUCGCUUGGCACAAAUGGCGCUUGGGGUGGAUUGACGAUGAUCAGAUUUUCUGUCUUUGUCCGGAUGCAGAGAAAUCAAAGGCAGGGAAUGAACGGACAAUCGUCCUCACUCCUGUCGAGGAGCCCCAAGGCUUGAAAGCUCUGGUCGUCAGACAUAAUGUAACAGUAGCUCUUGUGGCUGAGAACCGGUCGGGCAGACAUUUGGACACCGACACUUGUGGGUCAGGAGUGUUGAUAUAUAGAAUCGACACGAUGACGGACAGUGGUCAUGGGCCGAUCAAGGUACAAGAUUCGUCGCCGGACUCGGGUGGAUGCGCUGGAGACGAGCUCAACGAUGCACUCUUCGUGCCAGGACACAAGAGUCGGAGCUCUUUCACCUCUUCAGAACUCGGUGUCAGCAUUGAAGUACUCGAAGAGAUCGAGGAAGGCUUCGUUGUCAGCGUCAGCCUCCUCUGA